GUAUGAAACGCAUUCUUCUAAUUUGGAAGAAGUAGAUCGCAUGACAUAUGUGGCUUUCACUGAUAGCUCCGAAGUUAGAGAAAAUACAGAGGUCAUAGAAAUACAGCAGCACCAACGUCAACUGACUUUAAAUCAAACUCAAGUGCAACAGGAGCAACAAAUCCACCAAAGAUAUGGCUUACAGGACUACGCCCAGCAACCACAACAGCAGCAAACUUGUUAUGAGACCUCACCAAGUGGUGCUACUGUCAAAGAUCCUUAUGAAGCCCAGGAACUAGUGUCACCACCUGCUACCAGUAUACAUCUUAGCCCAGUCACUCAACACUACUCGCCACCACUGGAUACAACCAGGAUUGACCAAAAACAUCUAUCUAAUAAUCAGAAUUAUGAUCAUCAUCACCAUCAUCCACAACAUGAACAAAAUCAUCAACACCAACCACAGAAUCAACCACAACAGAAUAUUGUUACGACUACAUAUGCAGGUAAUAAUGGGACCAUCAAGUACAGCACGGAAGUCAGCAUAGCAGCAGAAAAUCUAAAAAUGCCCAGCACCUACACAACCUUAGAGACAGUACCACUUGCAGCAAACCAGACUAUUCCCUAUGCACAAUAUAUCUCCUCAGAGGUAUUUCAUCAGACGCCAAACUACAGUUUUCCUAAGCACCAAGAUAUAUAUAUAUAUCCAGCAUCAAGCCAGGCAUCUAGGACGGGACAGUUUGAGCACUUGGCCAAUAUGUGCACAAAAAGUGAUCCAACUCUUACCUCAUCGACCCUGGUGCGCACGGGAUCAUUAAUGUACGAGCCGCCAUCGUCACCAAGUCUCUACCAUGAAGCUAGUGCUGUAACUUACCAGUUGAAGGCUCCUAGUGAGCAGUACUGGGCAGCUUCAUCUGGGCCUUCACCGCCACCAAGCUUUGACUACAUGCAAGGCUAUGCAGGCGUGUCCACCAUCUCAACAGUUGACAGUGCCAGUGGUAUAAUCUUCCCUGGAGGCUCAGCAUAUAUGCCCAGUGGAUCUUCGUCACCUUGGACAGCACUACAAUUGUCAGCUGCAGAGGAUGUUGUCCAAGCCGUUGCCACUGCGAACACACCUUUGACUGCCGAUCUUAAAGAGUGUGUCAAUUGUAGUGCAAAUACAACUCCUCUGUGGCGAAAAGACGGAACUGGACUAUACCUCUGCAAUGCCUGUGGCAUUUACUGCAAAGCUAAUGGUUUCAAUAGACCCUCAGCUCAGCGUGUCAAACCAAAGUCAACGAUAUCUCUGGCUAGCAGCAGACGAGCUGGCAUUGCUUGUGCAAACUGUGAAACAAACACGACUACUCUUUGGCGGCGAAAUAACAAUGGUGAGCCCGUAUGCAAUGCUUGUGGACUCUAUUUCAAGCUUCAUGGUGGACAUGGGAUCUCUGAAAACUGGUACCCAUUUUCUAGUGCUCAAUGA